AUGAACUCUUACGUUUCGGUCAGUUGUGAUGAGCUCACGGAUGCUCAAAAAAAGAAGUUUCUAAAGACAUUGAAAGUAUCUUUCACUGCUUCUCAAGUUAGCUGCUCUUCAAAGAAGUUAGCACUUCAUCCAGAAAACGCGAAAAAAUGGAAAAAGGCUGCUCAAGCUGGUAAAGGAGUAUCAAUUGUAUUUUCACCAGGUGAAAUCGCUGCUUCGUUAAAUAUGGACGGAGACGCUCUUACGGGAUCUGGAUUGAGUGGUGGAUCGCUAUGGAGUUGGAUCAAGGAUAAAGCAUGGCCUUGGUUGAAAGAGAAUGUUUGGCCUGUAGUUAAACCACUUGUAUCGGGUGUUGUAGAUCAAGGCGCUCAAGCUCUUGGAGCGUAUACAGGACAGCCUGGUUUAGUUAACGCUGUUCGAGGUGAAGUAAAGAAUCUUACUGGUGUGGGAGUAGGCUCCGAAGGAGCCCUGGCGCCCUCCGGGCGACCUGUAAAAAAAGGGUCUCCUGAAAUGAAAGAAAAGAUGGCUAAGCUACGCUCUAUGCGAAAGAAAGGGGGUUCCUUUAAAUUGAGUUAA